GCCCCGUCUCCAGGGGGACACUCCGCUGUGGGAGCGGCGAAGGCAGCUUCUUCUUGGUCUUUCUCCUUCCUUCUUCAAGAUGGCCGCGCUAGGUGUAAACAAGGUCGGGGCUAGUGCGGGGCUGGAUGCCGGGAGCAGGCAGAGCCGGAGUCCGGCCGGGCCUGUGGUGAAGGUUCUGGAAUGUGGAGUCUGUGAAGAUGUAUUUUCACUGCAAGGAGACAAAGUUCCCAGACUGCUUUUGUGUGGUCAUACAGUCUGUCAUGACUGUCUCACUCGACUUCCUCUCCAUGGCAGAGCAGUUCGGUGUCCUUUUGAUCGGCAGGUUACUGAAUUAGGAGAUUCUGGUGUCUGGGGUUUGAAAAAAAACUUUGCUUUGUUGGAACUCCUGGAACGACUUCAAAAUGGGCUUGGUGGUCAGUGUGGGACAACUGAAGAAGCCAUUGGCCUCUCUGGAGAGUGCAUUGUCCGCUGUGAUGAAGAUGAAACACAUCUUGCUUCAGUAUACUGCACUGUUUGUGCCACUCACCUGUGUGCAGAGUGUUCCCAACUCACACAUUCCACGAAGACACUUGCAAAGCACAGACGUGUGCCCCUUGCUGAUAAACCUCAUGAGAAGACCAUGUGCUCUCAGCACCAAGUGCAUGCUAUUGAAUUUGUGUGCCUGGAAGAAGGGUGUCAAGCCAGUCCUCUCAUGUGUUGUGUCUGCAAAGAGUAUGGAAAGCACCAGGGUCAUAAACACAGUGUUUUGGAACCAGAAGCAAACCAGAUCCGUGCUUCCAUUUUAGACAUGGCUCACUGUAUAAGAACUUUCACAGAAGAAAUAUCAGAUUAUUCUCGGAAACUAGUUGGAAUAGUUCAGCAGAUAGAAGGAGGAGAACAGAUCAUUGAAGAUGGAAUUGGAAUGGCUCAUACAGAACAUGUCCCAGGUACUGCAGAGAACGCUCGUUCAUGUGUACGAGCCUAUUUUUCUGAUCUUCAUGAAACCCUCUGCCGCCAAGAAGAAAUGGCACUUAGUGUGGUUGAUGCCCAUGUGCGGGAGAAAUUGAUCUGGCUUAGGCAACAACAAGAAGAUAUGACUAUUCUGUUGUCCCAGGUUUCAACAGCUUGCCUUCACUGUGAAAAGACAUUGCAGCAGGAUGACUGCAGAGUUGUCUUGGCCAAACAAGAAAUUACAAGGCUUCUAGAAACACUACAAAAACAACAACAACAGUUUACCGAGCUUGCAGACCAUAUACAACUUGAUGCUAGCAUUCCAGUUACUUUUACAAAGGACAACAGGGUACACAUUGGGCCAAAAAUGGAGAUUCGGGUUGUAACUCUGGGAUUGGACGGAGCUGGCAAGACAACCAUUUUAUUUAAGCUGAAGCAGGAUGAAUUCAUGCAACCUAUUCCAACAAUAGGUUUUAAUGUUGAAACUGUAGAAUAUAAAAAUCUGAAGUUCACUAUUUGGGAUGUAGGAGGUAAACACAAGCUGAGGCCUUUGUGGAAACAUUAUUACCUCAAUACACAAGCGGUGGUGUUUGUUAUUGAUAGCAGCCACAGAGACAGGGUCAGUGAAGCACACAAUGAACUUGCCAAACUGUUAACAGAAAAGGAGUUGCGAGAUGCUUUGCUGCUGAUCUUUGCCAAUAAGCAGGAUGUGGCAGGGGCACUUUCCGUAGAAGAGGUCACAGAAUUGCUGAGUCUGCACAAACUCUGCUGUGGUCGGAGCUGGUACAUUCAAGGGUGUGAUGCCCGAAGUGGCAUGGGACUGUAUGAAGGACUGGAUUGGCUCUCGAGGCACCUGGUAGCCGCAGGUGUGCUGGAUGUCGCAUAAGGUCAUCUUGAGAAGCACUAAGCUUGAAGAUCACUUAAUUUAUUUGUGUGACUUGAGAUGGUCAAACACGAACUUUUCAUCUAAGGCUAUGUAUUCUAAAGAAAACAACUAACAUUUUUGCUGGAA